CCACGUCCCCUAACAUCCAGAGCAUGGGAUAUCAAAAUUACCUGUACAGAAUAUAGAGUGGCCAGUUUAUCGCUUGGGUUAAGCGCCCAGUCUUACCAGCAGAAGAGGCACAACAAACGCAAAUACCAUGGACGGACCAUUUCCUGCAGAAUGCAUUGUGGUUCCCAGAAAACACCUAGAAGGCCUCUAUUUCAACGAUCUUUCAAAAUAUGGAAUCGAUUCUCUGGAUAUUAGUUAUCGGCCCUUUAUGUGGACCCUUUUCGGCAACAAGGAUGGAAGUUGCCUUCCGUCUCUGACAGGGAUUGAUGUUGGCACUAUCUGGGCUAAUAUAGGUUACGCUUUUUAUUUUGCUACAACAAUGAAUCCAAGUCUAAUUCAAGCCUUGGUUUGGGGAGUGAAUGGUAUGAUUAGGAGCACUUUGAAACUAAUAGACCAAGAGGAGAAUGAAUUCAGUCUGUGCAGGCAGUGGUUGAAGAUGCUAACCCCAACAUUCCCGUAUGGUACAGUAUUUCUACGAAUCCUGAAGACUGUGUAUGGACCGGAAAUAAGUGUAAUAGUGUUCUACCAUAUGAUUACUUUCUGAAAGACCUGGAUAUUACACCGGGGACUACACCUGUUGGAUUUAAUGCAACCAAGGUGAAUCAUACUUCUGGGAACCCUUGGGGAAAUAACACCG